AUGAACACACCUGAUUCUCAUCAGAAAGUGGAACACUCAUUGAAAGAGCCAGAUGGCAAUGCUUCUGACAAUGACCAUAUGGUCCAGUUGGGUGUUGGCAUUACACAAGCUAUUCGUUCCAGACUCAAUUUUACCGAUGAUUACAAGUGGAAGCGUUUUUCCGCGAGAAGAUUAGAGCUUAUUGACGAGCUAGAAUUGAGUAGCAGAAAAGCGUCAGAACAGGACGAAAAGAUCAGCCUAGUGGCUAACAGGCUUCGUGAAGAGUACGGAUUUCCAGAAACCACAUUAAAUGAUUUCCAUAGACUUGUAAGGGCAGGUAUACAGUCUGUUAGACGAAACCGAAAAAGAUCUUAUUUAAAAGGUACUACUGGUCCCUCCAACCCCACUGGUAAUACUAGCAGCACAGCCAGUGGUACGAUCACGCCGAAUACAAGUACCCCAACCAGUGGACAUAGCCCUAUUUUAUCGUCAGAUCAUAUACAUAUGCCGCAGACGAAACAGUCAUAUACAAAACUUACAGCGGAACUAGCUAGUUCCAAUAGCAUCCAAGAUAAAAGAGUCGGUCUACAAUUUGAAAACAUUUCACCUGACAGAUUCAAGUUUUCCAACCAAGCUGACAGCGAUGAUGAAUCCAGCAUCCUACCUUUGAAACGGCCUCGAGCGGUAAGGCCAUCUCCACAAAAUAAUGAUAGGAUAUCAAUCACUUCAUUGAUAUCGCCGUCUCCACCUGUUCCGACCCACCCUUUGACCUCAGACCAAACAGUACUACCCCCUGUAUCUUCUUUGUCUCUUGCAUCUCCGGGGCCCAGAGAAGACUUAUUUAUUCUAGCAUUGGAGAGGCUACAGCAAUUUACAAUAAAGUUAUCGUCUCAUAUGCCAGUGAAUUCGAACACAGAAUUUCUUGGCCAGUCGGUGAUGUCAACAGCGGCAGCAUAUGCAGUUGAAAGAAGGCUUCCCAACCACGAGUCGUCUGAAACGGUACGAUCCUAUGUCCUUUCUUUUACUGUUACAUCAGCUAUUGUAAGGGCCCUAGGACUCCACUCGUUUUCUCUUUUAAAAAUCACAUUGGCGUCAUGUUGCAGAGAAUAUGGGUUUGAUACUAUUAUACACUCACUAAGCUCUUUUUAUUAUGAAAUGUUUAACAUUGAUCCAACUUUCGAUUUGACAAAAGAAAGCUCGUAUGAUAAAAUGGCAUCAAUAUUGGCGACAGUGACUAGUUCUCGAGCUAUCCCAACUCCAGUUCUACCUGUCAAUACUGGUUUGUUGUCAGCACCGGGCUCAACAAUAACAUCACUCACUUCAUUGAGCGGUACGGCUUACAAGUCUCAAGCGCCAGUUGUUCGUCCAGUCACACUGCGAUUUGGAAAUCAAAAGCUCGAGUUUACAUAUUCUCCUGCACGAGUGUCCUCUCCACCAACUGUAUCUGAAGUAUUGGAUAACGGUCGAAAUGCCUUUUCAAUUAAUAAAGAGCAACCACUUCAAAUUGAAAAUCGUAACCGACCAGGUAAAAUCCUUUUAACAGAUGCGGAUGUCGCUGAUACGUUUACAGAGGCUCGUGUGGACAUUGAGCUUCGAGUAGUCCAAAGAGACAGGCCUCUUGCGUCUUCUGCUGCGGCAGACCGGCCGAAAUUUCAAGAACUACUGUAA